AGGGAUUGUUUAUAGGAGCCUUGUCCCUCAUACACUGUGUCUCCUGUAUGAAGACGUGGCUCUUGUUCCUGUAGUUUAUAAUUCUGAGGACUAGACCGGUGUAUUCCUUAAGCACCACCCAAGAACCAACGUCACCUAGAGCUACACCCUGGAAGAUAGAUUUGGAGGGCUGGCAUUACUACCUAUGACGUGAAGGCAGUGUCCCUGUUUUUCUUCUUCCAUCGUGCUGGAGUCCUGUCUUGGAGGAACAAGGAGGCAGAAGACAUGUGGGGAAGCUGGCACUUGUGUGUUCUGUGGCUGCUGUGUGCUGGAAUAGAGGCUCAGAACAGAUCCCGGAACAGAAUCCAGCAUAACACUAGUGAGGUGCAAAGUAAGAGACGUCUGCCCUUCAAGUCAUGGAACAGCCAGAUGUACCCUGUCUGGAAAGGAAGUGAAUCCCAGAAGAGGGACUGUUGGAAAGGAGGCCAGGUGACAUUUAAUCUUCAAAAUGAUGCUCCAACAUUGACUGGUGCUAAGGCUACAUUCUUCAUCCAGCUGAACUUUCCCCACAAUCAAACAGUGUUGCCUGAUGGACAAGUUGUAUGGAGCCAAAACUGCACUAACAAUAGUACCUGGGUGUCUGCUGGAGAGCCAGUCUAUCCUGAGGAGUCAGUGGAAGGUGCAGAGUGUACUUUCCCAGAUGGUCGUCAAUUUCCACGUGAUUCUGAGAAAAGACGCAGCAAGUUUGUCUACGUCUGGCAAGCAUGGGGAAAGUACUGGCAGGUAGUAGAUGGUCCCUCUUCCAAUCUAACAGUAGAGACAGAUGGCGUUCCGCUUGGCUCAUACACAAUGGAAGUUGUUGUGUACCAUUAUCGAGGACGACAGAAAUUCAUCCCCAUUGGCAGCACAUCCUCUCAGUUUUCCAUAACUGAUCAAAUACCGGUCUCUGUUUCUAUAUCACAAGUUCUUGAUCUGGACCAGGAGGACAAGCGCUUUAUCCAAAACAGAGCAGUGUCCUUCUCUGUAGCAGUUCAUGACCCAAGCAGCUAUCUCCAGACAUCUGAUGUAUCUUUCUCCUGGGACUUUGGAGAUGAGAGUGGUACACUGAUAACUCGGAAUAUGGGGGUUACUCAUACAUAUGUUUCUCCUGGUGUAUUUAAAGCAAAAGUGGUUGUUCAGGCUGCAAUUCCAAUCACUCCAUGUGGUAGUGCUGCUCCUUUGGUAACAACUGCACAGGGAGAUUUGACUACAGAUGUACCAGCAGAACCCACUACUGAGGCAGCUACAACAAAUGGUGGACAACAGACUGUGGUUCCCAGUGGUACAGCAGUGCCAGUUCCACCUAACUCCACUCUGUUACUUGAUGUACAAGAGAAUUUGACUGAAACGGAGGCUUCCAUUAAUGAGGUUAACCUGGGUUCUGCAUCAGUAGCACCAGAAAUAGCUCAACCAACUAUACCAACUGCUGAUCCUGAAGAAGGCGCAACACAAGUGGCUGUGGUAAAUGAAGAUGCUGCAACAGAAGCUUUACCUGCUGCUGACACCUUGCCAGCUACCCAGGAAGCCAUUCCAGGUGAUGCAGCCUUGACAGCUACCCAGGAAGCCAUUCCAGGUGAUGCAGCCUUGCCAGCUACCCAGGAAGCCAUUCCAGAUGAUGCAGCCUUGCCAGCUACCCAGGAAGUUGUCCCAAGUGAUGCAGCCUUGCCAGCUACCCAGGAAGUCGUCCCAAGUGAUGCAGCCUUGCCAGCUACCCAGGAAGUCGUCCCAAGUGAUGCAGCAGCUGUGCCAGCAGAGGAGUUGCCUAGUCAGGCUGUAGAAACUGGAACACAACUUGCUGAGGACAAUGCAGAAAGUGUUGUGGCAGUUACGGAGUCUGGAGAAAGUUCCUCUACACUAGCACCGGCAGAAGUAACGGAUCUGGCUGAAUCCACUGCAGCUGAACCAGUCACAGAAGCCAACGGAGAAGUACUACAACUUGUAAAGCGCCAGGCUCCUGAGGGACCACUUGUUGGGUGUCUGCUGUACAGAUAUGGAACAUUUGCCAGUGACCUGGAAAUUGUCUCUGGCAUUGAAAGUGUUCAGAUUGUACAAGUGGAGCCAAUUGCAGUUGCUGGGAUGGAAAACGCAGUGGAUCUCACGGUUACAUGCCAAGGAAGUAUACCAAGACAGGUCUGCACUGUAAUCUCUGGCCCAGACUGUGAGAAUCCACAAGAGACUGUAUGCAACCCUGUGGAGCCCUCAUCUGACUGCCAACUAGUACUGCGGCAAAUCUUCAAUGACACCGGAGUUUACUGUGUAAAUGUGUCCUUGACCGAUGAUGUCAGCUUGGCUGUUGCUAGUGCACAAGUUAGUGUAUCAGGUGCAGCUUCUUCAGUCAGUGGAAUUGCUGUUACAGUUGGUGUCCUCUUGGUUGCUUUAGCUGUAGCUACUGUAGCUUACACAUACAGACACCUGAAGAGUUACACACCGCUCAGAACAGAACACUCAUCUGUCAAAUGGUUUCCUGAUCGCCAAUCUCUUCGCCUCUUCAUUCAAAAUGCCCUUGGACACUCCCGAAGUGGGGAAAGCAGCCCUCUCUUAAAUGGUCGAGUGGUGUGAUAUAAAGAUGACAAGCACACUCUAUUCCUGAAGGCUGUGAAGGGGAUUAUGACAACCAGUCAUUUGUUUUAACAGACUUCUUAAAUGUGUAAAAGUAACUCUUGAAGCAAAUCUCUGGCUGUAAAGUUGAUACAAUUUAUAUGGUCUACUGCAUUUCAGCACUAUACAAAUUGUGUUCAAACAAGAGUUGAUGCGAUCUUCAUACAAAGGCUGAUAUUGUCUUGGACAAUAAAAAGAUUAAAAGCUGA